CAGGACAAUCCUAUUUUAGUUGUAAAGGAAAGUAGACCGAUGAGUUUGUCUCUCAUGGUCGAUUGCCCCGAGGAAUAUUGGGUACAAACCGGUACAAACCAAGAAGGUGAAAAUGGACUACUUUUUGUGUGUGGAAAAGGUCCGCUAGGUGAUAGUGGCUACGUGGAUUGGAUUCAGCCCGAUGAUUGGAUCAUUACUGGCCAGUUUACUGGCGGUCUAUUAUUUUGCGUGGUGUCGAUCGCGUUUUGUUCGGCUUAUCGAUGCACUUCCCGGACCUAAAACUUACCCCUUUUUAGGAAAUAUUCUCGAACUGAACGUUGCUCACGAUGAAUUGCUGAGAAAAUCGUCCUUUGAUUGGAUUAAACAGCAUGGUAGCAUCUAUCGAAUUUGGUUUACAGUACGUCCCAUGGUCGUUAUUGCUUCGCCCGAAUUACUAGAGCCCAUUUUGUCAAGCCAUACGCUGGCAACCAAAGCCGACGAGUACGAUUGCUUUAUUCCUCUUCUGGGGAAGAGCAUCCUGGUAGCUAAACCUGAGGAAUGGAAGAAAAAUCGCCGUCUUCUUAAUCCAGCUUUCAAAGGUCAAAUUCUCAACAGUUUCAUGGAUGCCUUCCACGACAAAAGCCUUCUAUGUGCGAAAGAAUUUGAAGAAGCUAUCGAAUCAAAUAGCGGUGGUAAAAUUAACGUUUUCCCAAUCAUGACGCAUUGCACCCUGGAUAUCAUCUGUGAAACAGCCAUGGGAGGAAAGACGUUAACCGGUGAAGACAAAGCGAGUUAUAUUAAGAACCUCCACGGUUUUGAGAAUAUUUUCCUACAACGUCUAAAACAACCGUGGCUUCGAUUGGAUUGGCUUUUCAAACUAAGCGGACCUGGUCGUGCAAACGAGCGAUUCGUAGGAGGACUUCGUGAUUUUAGCAACAUGUUAAUCAGACAUCGCCGUGAAUUGGUUAAACGAAAAACAAAAUUAGCACAAAAUGAUUUGUCUGAACGUGAUGUAAACCCAACCGACGAACUUCAAGUAGAUGAUGAUACAAAGAAAAACCUAAUCUUUAUGGAUCUCCUCAUAAAAGAAGGGGAUCUCAACGGUAACUUUAAUUCUGUUGAAAUGAGAGAUGAGGUCAGUUUGAUGAUGGCUGCGGGCCAUGACACACUAGCUUUAGCUUUCACCUGGUUCCUUUACUUGAUCUCCAGGCAUCCCGACAAACAAAAACUUUUAAUGGAAGAGUUGAGCAUCGUUUUUGGUGAUUCGGACCGACCGUGUACGGUACAAGAUUUAGCUGAGCUCAAAUAUCUUGAAUGUUGCAUCAAAGAAACAUUGAGACUCUAUCCGAGCGCCCCUUUUAUAUUGAGACGUCUGCCGGAAGACGUCGAAAUUGGUGGAUAUGUUUUACCGAAAGGCGUUACUAUUGCCAUGCUGAUUUAUGGUAUGCAUCACAACCCUCAAGUUUACCCUGACCCGGAAGAAUUCAAGCCGGAACGCUUCUUCCCAGAAAACAGUGUCGGUCGCCAUCCAUAUGCUUUUAUCCCAUUUAGCGCUGGUCCCAGGAACUGUAUUGGACAAAAAUUCGCCAUGCUCGAACUUAAAGUGGUUUUAGCUCAUUUACUGCGUCGAUUCCAGUUUUCUAUCAGGGAUCCAACAGAACCCAAGAUCAUACCUCUCCUUGACACUACGCUAAAGCCGAAAUCUCCAGUUAAUCUUAUUGUCACAAAGCGAUUACUUCAAGCAUAAAAAACUUGUCUAUCAGCUUAUUAAGGUCCGGAAUUCCGUCGUCAUUAAAAUGAUUAGUUUUCAAAGUCCAAAAUUAUAUCUUACCAUUCUACAGUAGGGGAGGGUGGGGCUAGUUGGUACAAUUUUUUUAAUUUCUUCUCUGGUUUCUUUAAUUUUUCAUAUUUUGACACCCAAAAAAUUGUAAAAGAAAGCUCAGAUAACCAGCUUUUU